CUUCCUCCUCCUCCUCCUCUCUCUCUCUCUCUCUCUCUCUCUCUCUCUCUCUAGAGAGAGCAAUGGUGGUGCCCUUAACAAUGGCGGAUCUCUCCCAGAGGGCGAUCCUGCUGCGGGACUCGCUCCAGAAGAGCACCGCCAACACGCGGGGAAUGGUCGCCAUCCUCGGCUCCUUCGACCACCGCCUCUCCGCCCUCGAUGCCGCCAUGCGCCCCACCCAAGUGAGGACGCACGCGAUCCGGAUGGCGCACGAGAACAUCGACAAGACGCUCAAGGCCGCGGAGGUGAUCCUCGCGCAGUUCGAUCUCGCGCGCCAGGCCGAGGCUACGAUACUAAGGGGUCCACAUGAGGAUCUAGAAAGCUAUCUAGCAGCUAUUGACGUAUUGAAGAGCAUUGUCCAUUAUUUUACCUCAAAUAAGAACUUAAAGAGCAGUGAUGGAGUUCUGAACCAUGUCAACAACUUGCUAGCCAAGUCUGUAGUCAAGUUGGAGGAGGAAUUCGGGCAGCUCUUAGCUUCUUACAGCAAACCUAUUGAGCCUGAUCGUCUAUUUAAUUGCCUUCCCAACUAUUUGCGACCGUCAGCAGUGGACCAACGUGAAAAUGGUAAGAACCAUCGCUCCGAGCAUUCUGCCAAAAGCUCGGAGGGCGCUGUUUAUAAACCUCCAACUCUCAUUCCUCCACGCAUUUUACCUCUGCUGCAUGACUUAGCCCAUCAAUUAGUUCAAGCUGGGCACCAACAGCAGUGCUUCAAAAUAUACAGCAAUGCUCGUGCUGCAGCAUUAGAAUCAAGCCUCCGGAAACUGGGUGUGGAAAAACUCAGUAAAGAAGAUGUUCAGAAGAUGCAGUGGGAGGCUUUAGAGGCCAAAAUUGGGAAUUGGGUCCACUUCAUGCGAAUUGCUGUCAAACUGCUCUUUGCUGGAGAACGAAAAGUUUGUGACCAGAUUUUUGAUGGUAUAAAGAUUCCCAAGGACCAAUGCUUUGGCGAAGUGACAAUGAACAGUGUAGAAACUCUUCUAAGCUUUGGUGAUGCAGUUGCUAAAAGCAAAAGGUCCCCAGAAAAGUUGUUUGUGCUGCUAGACAUGUAUGAAAUUAUGCAUGAACUACAGCCAGAGUUUGAGACGAUCUUCGAGGGCAAAGCUUGUAUUGAGAUGCGCGAAUCUGUAGUGAGUUUGACUAAACGGUUGGCACAGACUGCGCAAGAAACAUUUGGUGACUUUGAAGAGCUAGUUGAAAAGGAUGCUUCAAAAACAACUGUUCUUGAUGGAACCGUCCAUCCACUUACUAGCUACGUUAUUAACUAUGUGAAGUUCUUAUUUGAUUAUCAGUCAACAUUGAAGCAACUAUUCAUGGAGUUUGAAACUGGGAGUGAAACAGUGUCUCAACUGGCGAUAGUUACAACAAGGAUUAUGCAGGCUCUUCAGAAUAACCUAGACGGAAAAUCUAAGCUGUACAGAGAUCCGGCUUUGACUUACCUGUUUCUUAUGAACAACACCCAUUAUAUGGUUAGAUCUGUGCGGAGGUCAGAAGCAAAGGACAUACUGGGUGAUGACUGGAUCCAAAGACAUCGAAGGAUUGUUCAACAAAAUGCAAAUCAGUAUAGAAGGAUUGCUUGGAGCAAGAUUCUCCAGACUCUUUCUGUUCAAGGUAUGAACUCCAGCGCCUCUAUGGCAACUGAUGGAGGUAACAGCAGUGGAGUUUCAAGAGCGGCAAUCAAAGAGCGGUUCAAGUCCUUCAAUAUGCAGUUCGAAGAGCUUCAUCAAAAGCAGUCCCAAUGGACGGUGCCAGAUCAAGAACUGCGUGAAUCUCUACGGCUUGCAGUUGCUGAAGUUCUACUACCAGCUUACAGAUCCUUCAUAAAGCGUUUUGGGGCACUAGUUGAUAAUGGCAAGAAUCCUCAGAAAUACAUCAAAUACACUCCUGACGAGCUCGAAAAACUGCUCGGCGAGUUCUUCGAGGGAAAGAACUGAUGAACAAAGAAAAAGAAACUAAUCCUUUGUAAGAAUCCUUUCUCUUCUAUAAUUACAGCACCAGGUUUAGGGAAUGUGCAUAACUUUCUUUUCUUCGUUCUAAUACCACCUUACACAUGCUGACGAAAAACAAACCGUGGAUUCGUCCAAAAUCGAAACCUAGCAGAAUAUCAUCUCAUAUUCUUUUACUCGUGUAGCAUUAUAUACUGCUCACUAUUUUCAUGAAGACAAAAUUCAGAUUUACACGUUGAACCCUUUUUUUCUAUUAUUGUUAAUUUUGAUUUGAUAUU